AUGACGUCCCCCUCACCUUCUUCCACCGUGACGUCGCCCUCCGUUUCUUCCACCAUGACGUCCCCCUCAGCUUCUUCCACCGUGACGUCGCCCUCCGCUUCUUCCAUCAUGAUGUCGCCCUCUGCUUCUUCCACCGUGACUUCUCCCUCAGCUUCUUCCACCGUGACUUCUCCCUCAGCUGCUUCCACCGUGACUUCUCCCUCAGCUUCUUCCACCGUGACGUCCCCCUCACCUUCUUCCACCGUGACGUCGCCCUCCGUUUCUUCCAUCAUGACCUUCUUCCACUCGUCUUCCACCGUGACCUCUCCCUCCGUUUCUUCCACCGUGACUUCUCUCUCAGCUUCUUCCACCGUGACUUCCCCCUCACCUUCUUCCACCGUGACGUCACCCUCCGUUUCUUCCACCAUGACGUCCCCCUCACCUUCUUCCACCGUGACGUCGCCCUCCGUUUCUUCCACCAUGACGUCCCCCUCAGCUUCUUCCACCGUGACGUCGCCCUCCGCUUCUUCCAUCAUGACGUCGCCCUCUGCUUCUUCCACCAUGACAUUGCCCUCCACUUCUUCCACCGUGACGUCACCCUCAGCGUCUUCCACCGUGACCUCUCCCUCCGUUUCUUCCACCAUGACGUCGCCCUCCGCUUCUUCCAUCAUGACGUCGCCCUCUGCUUCUUCCACCGUGACUUCCCCCUCACGUUCUUCCACCGUGACGUCGCCCUCCGUUUCUUCCACCAUGACGUCCCCCUCAGCUUCUUCCACCGUGACGUCCCCCUCCGCUUCUUCCAUCAUGACGUCGCCCUCACCUUCUUCCACCGUGACGUCGCCCUCCGCUUCUUCCAUCAUGAAGUCGCCCUCUGCUUCUUCCACCGCGACUUCUCCCUCAGCUUCUUCCACCAUGACAUUGCCCUCCACUUCUUCCACCGUGACGUCGCCCUCAGCGUCUUCCACCGUGACUUCCCCCUCAGGUUCUUCCACCGUGACGUCGCCCUCAGCUUCUUCCACCGUGACUUCUCCCUCAGCUUCUUCCACCAUGACAUCGCCGUCCACGUCUUCCACCGUGACGUCGCCCUCAGCGUCUUCCACCGUGACCUCUCCCUCCGUUUCUUCCACCAUGACGUCACCCUCCGUUUCUUCCACCAUGACGUCCCCCUCAGCUUCUUCCACCGUGACGUCGCCCUCUGCUUCUUCCAUCAUGACAUCGCCCUCUGCUUCUUCCACCGUGACUUCCCCCUCACCUUCUUCCACCGUGACAUCGCCCUCCGUUUCUUCCACCAUGACGUCGCCCUCCGCUUCUUCCACCGUGACAUUGCCCUCCACUUCUUCCACUGUGACGUUCUUCCACCGUGACAUCGCCGUCCACUUCUUCCACCGUGACGUCGCCCUCAGCGUCUUCCACCAUGACCUCUCCCUCAGGUUCUUCCACCGUGACAUCGCCGUCCACUUCUUCCACCGUGACGUCGCCCUCAGCGUCUUCCACCGUGACCUCUCCGUCCGUUUCUUCCACCAUGACGUCACCCUCCGUUUCUUCCACCAUGACGUCCCCCUCAGCUUCUUCCACCGUGACAUCGCCCUCCGCUUCUUCCAUCAUGACGUCGCCCUCUGCUUCUUCCACCGUGACGUCGCCCUCCGCUUCUUCCAUCAUGACAUCUCCCUCUGCUUCUUCCACCGUGACUUCCCCCUCACCUUCUUCCACCGUGACGUCGCCCUCCGUUUCUUCCACCAUGACGUCGCCCUCCGCUUCUUCCACCGUGACAUUGCCCUCCACUUCUUCCAUCAUGACGUCGCCCUCCGUUUCUUCCACCGUGACUUCCCCGUCAGCUUCUUCCACCGUGACGUCGCCCUCAGCGUCUUCCACCGUGACCUCUCCCUCAGGUUCUUCCACCGUGACAUCGCCGUCCACUUCUUCCACCGUGACGUCGCCCUCAGCGUCUUCCACCGUGACCUCUCCCUCAGGUUCUUCCACCGUGACAUCGCCGUCCACUUCUUCCACCCUGACGUCGCCCUCAGCGUCUUCCACCGUGACCUCUCCGUCCGUUUCUUCCACCAUGACGUCACCCUCCGUUUCUUCCACCAUGACGUCCCCCUCAGCUUCUUCCACCGUGACAUCGCCCUCCGCUUCUUCCAUCAUGACGUCGCCCUCUGCUUCUUCCACCGUGACGUCGCCCUCUGCUUCUUCCACCGUGACUUCCCCCUCACCUUCUUCCACCGUGACGUCGCCCUCCGUUUCUUCCACCAUGACGUCGCCCUCCGCUUCUUCCACCGUGACAUUGCCCUCCACUUCUUCCAUCAUGACGUCGCCCUCCGUUUCUUCCACCAUGACUUCUCCCUCAGCUUCUUCCACCGUUCUUCCACCGUGACAUCGCCGUCCACUUCUUCCACCAUGACGUCGCCCUCAGCGUCUUCCACCGUGACCUCUGCCUCAGGUUCUUCCACCGUGACAUCGCCGUCCACUUCUUCCACUUUGACAUCUCCCAGAGCUUCAAAGAGUCCUACUAAAACUCCAGUUGCAACCCGCUGCGUCCUGUCCGUGAGACUCACCACUUCCUUCAACAUCACAGACCCUUCCAUCAGUGACAUUGCAACGGGAGCAGCACUUCCAGUGGCCACCGAAUGGCCAGUCACCGAAGACGAUUACACCUCGGUAAUGCAUCUGUCCUCGGUGAUACACACGGACUACUUUGAGCCCACUCUGCCCACGACCACGGAGGGGGAUUUUGCCUUUCCAGUUGGAACCACCUUCCUCUCCGAAGCUAAUGGGGAGAGUCCCGAGGCUGAUGGAGAAGGGGAGGGUCCCAGUCCUGGAGGAACACUGAGUUCUGGGUUGGGGUCCAGCGAAGACGAUCCUGGCUCCGUCACCAACACGCCCGAGACCUUCCAAAUUACAGAAGAUCUACAGGGAGCAACAGAAGCCCAUUUGGAUGACAAGGACGUCUUGACUCAAGUCAAUUCUUCAGAACCAUCUUUGGAAAAAGAGGCCCUUAAAACAGACCCUGUUGCUGAGUUCAAGGAAAUGGCCGCUAAGGAUGUCGUUGUGUCACAGGAAACGCCUGCUCCAAGUUUGGACGAUGGCCACGAAGCAACCGAGCUUAUCACAGACCGAUACUCUGGUAUAACAGAUGCACCGGCGACUCUUCUUGCAACCCAGGAGGAAGGGCUGUUAGCAUCUCCCUCCAGGGAAAAGGCAGAGGAUGCAAUUUCCAGUGAAAGGACUUCAGAAGGUGAGAAGCCCUCGGAGGCCACUCCCGGAGAAUCAAGUCUGGAUGACGAAUUUACCCCCACUGCAGCUUUGUGGGAAGAAACUGAAGAUGUCACUCCAGAGCCACAGGAAGACACCCCAGAACUGUCCACAGAUGCUGGUAGGAAGUUAGAAGACCCAUCCUCAAAUCCUACAGAUUUCCCUAGCAACCCAGAAGAGCUGCCUGACCCAGAAACAGGAGGGGGCUUGGAUGCUGGAGAUUCCCCUUCACUGCCUUCAAAGGCUGGCCCUGAGACAUCACAGUCAAGGCCUUCAGCAGGAUUGCCUUCCAGCUGGCUAUCCCCCACUGAUGCAACAUUUGGGUCCUCAGGGGUGAGUGACUUUGCCAUAGGCUCCCUUCAAGCAUCUCCUGCUAGCGUGGCUGACCUAGGAGCAGACUCUGGUCCUACAGGAGGAAGAGGUGAUGCGGAUCCAGUUCCUUCUUCAUCAGGCCCGGAGCUCAACCAGGAAAGUGUUACCAAGGUGCCCACUGGAGAACCAGAAGAUUUUGUGGAUGCUGAAGUAUCGAAUUCUUCUCCUUCAGGUAGAACAACUGAUGCUCCAUCUGACUCAGUGUCUCCCCGUGACACCCCCCUUGGACCUUCACAAUUGGACUUUGAUGUAACAGAUGCUCCUUCAGUGGAACUUCCUGUAGCUCCAGGGAUGUCCUCUCAGUUGCCUGAAGAAAGUGAGAAGGGGGCAACUUCCACAAUGAAAGAAGAAGUGGAAGAAGGCUCUGGAAACCCAAAGAGCGAUGAGGGGACACCUUUUGCUUCACCACUUCCAGGACAAGAGUCUGCCCAGGGAACAGAAACACCCAAUGGAGAAAACAUUUCUGCAGACCUUCACAGUGGCACAGCUUCCUCCUUGAAUCCUGGUUUGGAAACAGCUAGUUCAGAGUUGGAAGACAAUGAGGCAACUGCCACAUCUAACAGUGCUCCUAAUGGUGAAAUAAAUCCCAUCUCUUCCGAUUCUGCUACUGGGUCCGAAAACGAAUCAGAAACUUUGUUUGACAUCAGGGUGACGUCUCCUCCUCCUGUGGACAAUGAAGAUGCUGCUAAGGCUCAAGAACCAUCUGAAGAAGCUUCAACUCCUGGAUCUCCUAAUGGACCAUCUUCAGAGAGAGAAGGAAGUGAGGUAUCCCCCAGCAGAUCACCUGAAAAUAUUGGUUCUUCUGCUGAAAACAGUGAAGCCAUCCCAAGUGUUGCUUCAGGCUCUGACUCAAAUAAGGUAGACACACAAGCUAACAGUGAAGAUCACAGUGGGACAGAACUCUCACCUUCCGAUACAGAGCUCUUUCCAAUUUCUGGAACCCCAUUGCCUGUGGGAAAAUCAGAGACCUUGAAUGAGCAACUGUCUCCAAGUCAAUCACUUGAGGAGAAUACACCGACAUCUGGUUCCAGUUCUUCCUCAGAAGGAGAACCUUCCUUUCCUUCAACAUCUCCUGAUGAAGCACUUUCUGGACCCCUAAUUUCAGAAUCAGACACAACAGAACUUCCGCCCAAUCCAUUACCUGGUUCCCAAACUUCUUCCCAACCUCCAAAAGAGAAUGACAUGGAAAAUGGCUCAGCGGAUCCAGAAGAUUCCUCUGCUCCAUCCAUCAUAAACCCUCAAUCAGCUCUUUCAGGAGCAGGGGCUACUGAGGAACCAAGCAUUUCUGGAGACUUAGGCAGUGGAACAACCUUAUUUCCUAAAGAAAAGAGAAUUGGAUCUACUUCAGAGCCAGCAGUUAAUGAGGAACCUUUUUCAGAUAGCGACAGUGCCCAGGACAAAACCAAUACUCCACCUUCUGAGCAACAGCUAAGUUCUGAAAAUGCAAUGGAAACCAGUAUACCAAGCUCUGCAGAGGUGCCAGCUGCAAAAUCUGGAACCAUUUCUCCCCUUAUUAUAGACACUGAGACAUCAACAAAAGCUCAGGAACCAUCAGGAGAAAUACCCUCUUCUGCAUCUCUCGAUGACCUACUUUCUAGUUCAGAGAAUGAAGAUGGAGAACCCUCCCCAAGCCUGUCUUCCAAAACUCUUGAUUCUUCUCCAAGCAGUGAAGGUGCAGAUGAAAGUAGAGAUGGGGAAGACAGCACAGGGUUAGCUUCAACUGCCAAAACAGCCAUGACAGUGAGCAGUGAGGGUCAGCCUGGAAGUGAUCUUCCUGUGAGACAAUCAGUAACCUCACCUGCUGGAGAAGUUUUAGCUCUGGCACCUAUAGAAGAUGGAGAGACUUUUGUGACAAAUGAAGAGUCCCCUUCAGCUGUUCCAAAUGCAAAAACUCCUUCUCUCUCGGUUUCAGAGUUAUCAGGAGUUCAGCUCAGUGGGCCCUCUGCUUCUCCAGGUUCCUCUGAACUAUCUCCAGAUGAUGCCUUAAAAGCAAGGCCUGCAGCUUCUGAGGAACGUCAGAACUUGGAAGACUCAUCUGGAAUGACAGAGAAGGAAACAUAUUUGACUCCCUCAACCACAGAGUCACUCUCCCCAGAUCAUGCAGAAACCUUUGUUUCACCAUCAGUCCCUAGAGAGGAAGCUCAACUGACAACAGGAGCAGUAUCUUCCGAGGAUGGAAGUAAAACUGGAGCAAUGUCACAAUCAGACUCUCCUACUGAAGGGUUGGAAACUUCUGUCUCUGAGCCAGCAGCUGUGGGUUCUCAAUCAUCUCCAGAUGGUGAAGUAGCACCUGAAACUUCCAAAGAGACAGAGCAACUGCAAAUAUCUGCAGCUAGUGAGAAGGAAACACCUUUGGCUUCCUCAACCACAGAGUCACAGGAACUUACAACAUCAGAAAGUGGUGAGUUCUCUGGAGCACUCAGCAAAGGAAGUUCUGCCCUACCUGUUGAACUGGCAGGAACUGCUAAUUCACCUUCAGCAACUAACCAGGGAUCUCAGUCAUUUCCAGAAGGUGUAGCUUCUUCUGCUGGGGCAGAAAAUUCAGAAGACAUUACGAAUAUGAGCAUUGAGAAAUCUUCUCAAGAUCCAUUAGACAGAGAAUCAGAAUCUAAAACAUCUACCAGUAAAGAGGUUGCUGGAGGACUUAGUGAUGGAGAAUCCUCCCUAAAUAAUAAAGGGACUGAAAUAGCCAGUGUGGAGUCAGCAAAUAAUGCAGGAUCUCAGCCACCGCCUGAUGAUGCACAACCAGGAGCAUCCGCAGCCUCUGAAGGUUCAGAGAUAUCAGAAGCCCCCUCCAGUGUAAAUGGAAAGGAAGGAUCUUUGCUCCCAUCAGCUGCAGAGUCACCUUCAACUUCUACUUCUGCUGAAGAAGUGGAAACUUCCAACUCAGAAUCCGGGACUAACACGGGAUCUCAACCAUCUCUAAAUGGUGCAUCAACAGCAGAGGUUCAAGAUUCCGAGAGGGCAGAAGCAGCAGAAGAUACUUCUAUGGGCGGGGAGAAAUUGCCUUUGGCCUCAUCAGCCACAGAAUCACAGUCUCCAGGAAUAUCUGAUAGUGAAGAUGUUUCUGGAGGAACUGGUAAUGGGGAAUCUUCCCUCCUUGCUAAGGAGUUGGAAAUGACUGACGCAGGGUCAACAAAUAAUGCAGGAGCUCAAUCCUCUGUGGCUGGUGGAGCAACUGAAGGGUCUGGUGUUUCCAGUGGAGGAGAAAAAUUAGGAAGUUCUUCUCCUGUAAAUGAGAAAGAGACUUCUUUAGGUUCAUCAGCUGCAGAGGCAUCAACUGCACCAGCAGAUAAAGAGGUCUCUGGAAAACUUAGUGAUGGAGCUGGGGUGGAAACAGCCAACUCAGAGCCAGCAAGUAAUGCCGAACCUCAGUCACCUAAUGGUGCUGGACCAGAUGGAGCUGCAAGUUCUGAGGAGGCAGGAAUACCAGAAGUCUCGGGUGUGAGUCAGAAGGAAGGAUCUUUGGGUGCAUCUGCUGCAGAGUCACAAGCGACCUCUUCUUCCAACGAAGAAGCAGGAACCAGCAACACAGCAACGAACACAGGAUCUCAGCUACCUCCAGACGGAGCAUCAGCAGCAGGGCCUCUAGCCUCUGAUGGUGCAGAGAUACCAGAAGUGUCUGCCAGUGUGACUGGGGAACGGGGACCUUUGUCUCCAUCAGCUGCAGAGUCUCUAUCAGAUUCAUCUUCCACUGAAGAAGUGGGAACUGCCAACACAAAGUCAACAACUAAUGGAGGAUCUCAGCUAUCAGCAGGUGGUGCAUCACCAGUGGGGUCUCUUGCUUCUGAGGGAGCAGAAAAAACAGAAAGCACUUCCAUUGUGAAUGGGGAAAAGGCCUCUUUGGCUCCAUCAGCCACAGAAUUACAAUUUCCAGAAACAUCUGCUAGUGAAAAGGUUCCUGGGGGACUUGACAACAGGGAAUCCUCUUUAUCCACAGGAGAGGAAAUGGCCAGCUCAGGGUCAUCAGAUAAUGCAGGAUCUCAAAUAUCUCCAGAUAGUGUAGCAACAGAAGGGGCCGUAGUCUCUGAAGGAGCAGAGACAUCAGAAGAUAAUUCAAUGGUAAGUGAGAAAAAACUAUCGUUGACUCCAUUAUCCACUGAACCACAAUCACCUGCGACAUCUGUCAGCAAAGAGGUUUCUGAAAAACUUGUUCAUGGAGAAUCGUCCCUCUCCACUGAUGGAAGGAAGGAUACGGCCAACAUAGGAGCAGCGGAUACCCAAGGGCCCGCUUCUUCCACAGGAACAGUUCCGGAUCAAAAAAAUAUAGCGGAGCAACUUGGAGAAAAAUCUGAUUCAAUAAGUGGAGAGUCUUCUGUUGACAGAGCAAUGACUUCUAAAUCUUCAGGUGGAACCUCGAUCUCCGGUUCAGUAUCUCCUGAUGGGAAUUUGGCCACCAAAGGAACAAGCCAGGAUUUUGGCGCUACAGGUUCUUCUCAGUCAUCUUCAGGUAUCAAGGUUGACUUGGCAAAUCCAGUCCAUACUGGAAGUGGAGAAAAGUCCGUUCUCCCUCUGAGUGGACACGCUGUCCUUUCUAGCAGUGAUACUUCGGGUGGAUCAGCUUUUCCAGCCCCAGAUGCGAAAGCAGGUGGAAAGUUCCUCCCAGGAGCCUCAGGAGGUAGUACUGAGGCUUUGGCCAGUGUCAGAGACUCCGUUCACCCAUCUCCUGCUGAAGAGACCAAACCAGCAGCAGGUCAACCAUCAGGAGUGGCACCUCCAUUUGUUUUGUUGCCUCCCAAUAAUGGCCUGCCCAUAGGACCCUCUGGUUCAGGUGCCACAUACCCAGGAAAUGCUGCUGAUAAGUGGCUUUCAUCUUUUCUGAAUCAGAAGGUAGGGGAGAUAUUGGCUGGCAAAGUAACCGGCAAAACAGGCUCUUUCUCCUCUGCGACUCCAGCAGAUGGACUCUCACCAAACGAGCUUCCAAGCUCUCCUCAUGGACUAGCAGUGAAGAAUGGGAAAGGUUCAUCUCCCCCAGCUCCAAAAGAAAAAGGUGAAGUUGUCAGCUCAAGCUCAGCAGCUCAGAAGGGGACAUCCACAGGUUCUACUGCAGGUGGAGCACAACCUUCUCUCUUGGGGACAAAAGUAAGCCCAGCAAAGACCCUGCAGUUGCCUUCUGGGAACACAGGAUCUCAGGUCAAAGCAGAUAGCCCUCUCCUGUCCUCCAAGACGGAACUCACAGCAAACCCUGAGCACGCACUGGCUGGGAAGCUGCUACCUUCUGGUCUUGCCUCUCCAGUCAGCACUUCUGCUUCAGAUGGGAAUGGCAUGGGCUCUCCAAGUAGCCCUCACCUCUCGGAACCGCUCUGGACUUUAAUUGAGAGUAAGAUUGCUCUUGGCUUAAGCAAGGCCAAGGUGGGCAAGACUAAAUCAGAUGUUCAUCUUGCCUUAUCUGGGCUUGGCCCACUGGUGACCACCAGCAAAACUGCAAGGAAGGGGACUGGCUCUGAUUCCAAGAUUUCCAAGAAAAAGAAAACAGAGGCUGCCGAUGAAAACUCUGCCCAGCUGGGCAUGGCUGCUGUUGCACCAUCAGGCGCAGCGGUGUCCCUGUAUCCCUAUGGAGCCAGCGUGAAGGACAAGCAGUACGUUGAAAGGAAAGUGGACUUUAACUCCCCACUGUUCAAGCCUGAGAUUGGAAUCCCACUUGGAAAUACCCUGCGUGACUCCCUCUAUUUCACGGACAACGGGCAGAUAGUUUUCCCAGCCUCUGACAGAGAUAUUUCCAGCUAUCCCGACCCACCUUCCAGUGGUUUCAACGGUCGUGAGAAAGUGCCAAUGGUGGCCGUGUUUUGGGAGAACGCCGACUUCUCCAAAGGGUCUGGUACCAUCUUCUACCAGGAAUAUCCUUGUGGGAAUUCUCCCAAGCAUCCCAUUGUCCAAGAUGUGGAAGCAAAGAUCCGCCUGUAUGUUAGAUCUUCAUAUUCAGCUCGAUGGUUGCUCAAGGUCACCUGGGAAAACGUCCAACCCUACCCCACGCAGGGGAAGAGCAGCAAGACGAACACCUACCAAGCUAUUCUUACCACUGAUGGCUACCGAACAUAUGCGCUUUUCCUUUACCAAGAUGGAGGAAUGCAGUGGGACUACACUAAACUCUCAGCCCCCAACGUGCUGAUAGGAUACACCAGUGGUGAUGGAUAUUUCAGAAAUGAUAAUUUGAUGACUAAAACACCAGCUGAGAAAUACAGGCCAGAUCGCUUCCAAGGCUACAAUACAGAUGUGCGUGGUUUGUGGAUAUACAAACUGGACAGCAGUAUCCGCGUGAAUUAUAGGCAGAGGUGUCUUGACUGGAUCGGUCACGAGGGACUCCCGUCUGCUUGGAACAGGAACUUGCCCCCUUGCCCUUGUUCUCUGCAACAGGGAAUGUCGGACAAUCGCUAUGCCCUCAGCCAAAAAGGCUGGCUGGACUCCGGCUUAACUCUGCUGUAUGCCUCCAGCCCAAACAGCUACAGGGCGGGUGUCCGGUGUCUCUAUAACAAGAACAACCAGCUUGAAGAAGGUCGGCAGGAGAGAAUCUGGAAGCGUUCAAGGAAGAACUCGCCCAACAACGAUGAGGAGCUGAAAUUCCAUGACUGGUGCUGUAACCAGGCUGGAAGCCCCCAGCUGUGUGAGAAGUACAAUCAGAAGAGACCCAAGAUUGGUUGCCAGGGAUACAAGCCUCCAGUCCGCGGUGAGUAUCGAGUGGUUGCAAGCGGAGAAGGAGCCUUUUCAUGGGAGCAGAAGCAGGGGCAUCCCUGGGGAGAGGGAGGUCAAAAAGAUCAAGAUGGCAACCUCCGGCUGCACAAUCCAAGCCCCUCCCCCUUUUACCUGGGUUGCUUUUUUACAUGAGGACAUAAUCGUAGGAAAGAUGUGACCUGCCGGCAGGUGUUAUGUGAACGUCCCUGUACACUCAAUAUUGUACGUUCCCCAUUGAUCUGUUGGCCAACCUUAAUAUUCCAGAAUCACCAAGAGACUUUACCCACCUUAGGUUCUGGAUUAAUCCUAACACUUUCCCCCAGCUCAUGAAUCAGGGU